AUGUGACGGCAAAUUUAAAUGUAGAGUUAAAUUGGGUUGGGUAACGACAAAGCCUGGGUUGGACGACUUAGUAGCAGACGGCACUGCACGAUGGAGCAGAGGGAGUGGUAGAACACCGCCGAAGUAAAGGCGUAGAUCGGGCCCUGGCCGAGUUGAGAUACACCAGACGGGAGGCAAUGGACGACAUAAGGCAACCGUCGACGCAGGUCCGUGGUGUUGAUGUCCUUAUUUACAAUCCUAUAUUUUCUCGGAAACCAUGCUGGAGGUAUGCUCCCGAAAUUGGUUUCAAGUGGGGGCUCGAGCUCAAUAAUCGCUUGAUCUUGGAGCUCGAGCAUAUUCGAAAGCUUAAGAGUCGAAUCGAGAAUGGAGAAUUUCAACCCAGGCAAAGCUUCAAUGGCCCUCCCAAAAAAUCGUCGACCAAGAAGAUCUUCGGCAACAAACGGCCAUUUCCGGUGAAUUCCAUCACCAACGAUUUAAAACGAUCGAAUUCAGAGAUUGGAAACUUGAUGAAGUCCUGCUCACAGGUUUUACAGAAGAUCAUGAAGCACAAGGUUCGGUGGAUCUUCAAGAAGGAGAAUGUGAUCCCUCCGGCAGGGUUUCAACCCGAGCCAGUGCAGGUCCCUGCGAGCUCUUCGAACCCUCCAAUGGUGCAGUCGCCUGUGCGCACCCCUUCCCCUAUGAGAGCCCGGCCGGUGAAGCCUUUGAAGCAGCCAAAGCCUAAGGGUGUUAUCACAUCUGCCCUUAACUAUGGACUGAUUACAUGGUGCAACAAGAUAUUAGGGCCAGCAAUGGUUGCUCUUUAUAAUCCACUUCAACCUGGAACUUCUGCUCUCUUGUCUAGAAUUUUUCUUGGAAGUCCAAUUUACAUGGGAAGAUUCUUUUAGGUCUUGUUCAAGAUGGCUUAUCUAGUUGAAGAGCUUAGAUUGUGUUCAGCCAGAAUUCACAGAGAUCGAUAAAAUCAUUCAAAAGGUUAUAAAAGAAUUGGAUCAUAGAUUUUCUGGGACUGUGGUGGCAGAGCAACUGCUAGAAGAGGUUUGUGGUGUGCAUUAUUUUGUAAAAAGGAUUCCUAAUACUGAAGAGCUAAUCAAAACAAUGGUAGGCCAGAAAUUAGAGUGCAAUGUGGUAAAAAUCUUAGUUUAGUUCCGUUAGAUUGGUUAGAGAGUAGGAUAGGUUAGGGAGAAUCAAUGUUUUUGAGUUCACUUUAUACACAUUACUGCUAUAGUAAAUAGAAUUAUCUUCGUUGGAGAUGGCCCUUUAUCAAAAGGGAUAUGUAUCUAACUUGUUAGGAUCGACAAUUAAUCAGAUUAGAGAUCUAAAUUUGUAUGUACCACAGAAUUUAAUGACAAAUUAUAUAAUCACCUAUUCUUUCAA